AUGAUUGGCGAACAUUAUCCACUCGACUUGCUGGAUUGGGUUGACCAAUGUACCCCAAUCUUCAUCCGAAGGGCCUAUGCUGAUGCCAUGUUCAAUGGAAUGAUUACAGGUUUUGAAGUCCUAGAUGAGCUGGAGCCCGAGGGCUCUAUCGUCUUGGAUACAUCGCAGUCCGAGGAAGAUGGAAGCUCUAUACACUUUCAUGAUUCGAUCUGGGAAGGUGACUCUCCUGACCCCGUGGUGGGACGCACGUCUUUCCCGACCAUUGGCCAAAGACACUCGGAAUUUUCCCAGCGUGAGAGUAUCCAUAAGGAACUCUUCGCCUGCUGGGGCGACUCUUCUGAUGCUCCCGCAGUUCCUACAGUUGCAGUGGAACCUUCCACCUGCUCUCAUGAAGCAACCUUCUCCGCUGAUGCGGAACAGCAAGUACAGGACGAUUCCCAGCGCCCUCAUCCUGACCCUGCCGAACACAUAUCAGCUGUUAGGAGGAUAGCGUCGAAUUUUAAAGAAUCAUUUGAAACCGCCUGGAACGACUUGAGGUCCCUUCGACACUAUUUUGUGCGUGAAUACAGGAAAAUGAGGCGUAUUGCCAGAAAGUUCACUUCACCGGCACUUUCCCGGGUUUUGAGCACCCUUCGGGGACCGAAAGAUCUCAGGAACCGCGGGAUCUUAACAUUCAAGGAUGUUAUUCGUGGAGUGGUGACAGAUGACCUCACUAACAUCUUUGCACUGUUGACCAUGUCGUAUGCUAUGUCGAAGGUUCUUGUCGCCAAAGAGAAGAUUAAACCGGCGGAUGUUCUAUCCGGGUUGAAUCUCUGGAGGGAUAUCGUUUGUGAUCACGAGCGGGAGGACUUUUCUCGGCUUGCUGAGAGCCUAUGGCCUGAAGCGAAGAGUCAACUCCAGACUCAGAAAAGCCCAGACGGUCCUGACUUCGACAUUACAUCUGGUGUUGGUUUUGGCUCAGUUGCUGAUAUUUUUCGUGUUGACCUUGGCUCGAUCACCAAUGCUUUCGCAAAAUCUCAAAUUUUGGAAUCCACGAUGGGUCAAGCUGGCGUUUGGGCUGAGAAUUUUCGCUUUCAGAACCUCUCUGCUGAGAACUACUCUCCUCCACGGGCGACCCCUAUUGGAGGAAAUCUCCGCAGCACACAGGCAUUUAGUACAGGCCCUGGAUAUACCGUCCCACCGAACCUUUUGAAAUCGGUAUGGUACAAUGGCGAUGAGACCGAGCACUGCAUCGAUCCGCAACUCCUCUCGUCGAUAGAACCGCCAAUGGCGGCGGCAAAACAGAAUAUCCACCGGCCCUCGAUCGAGGCACUGCAUGAAACAUCCAUCUUUCGGGUCGUGUAUGCCUUUGCACAGGGCGAAAUUUUCGACUUGUUAUUUAUUCUUUCCGGAAAGGGGGCAACAGUCAGGUAUUACCGACGUGGAUUUUCCACAGAUCAGGACCAACGGGUGUUCGAGACGAAGGUCACAGAGGGAGCCUUUGCGCGGCUUCGGACUGGUGACAGUCGUGAAAUACCGGGCCUUCAGGCUCUUGUCUCAGCCGCCGAGACAUUCGUGAGGCUGGCUUGUCUCAGAUCUCUAGAUCACGUCCGAGAAUUCGUCUUAGAAGUGGCCCAGAUCUUCGCACACGAUGAGACGUAUAGGGUCAAUAAGCAGUUGAGUUUCCUCGUCACUCCAUCGUAUAUUGGGCUGUUCUAA